AUGUAUGUAUGUAUGUAUGAAUUAUCUAUCUAUCUAUCAAAUUAUGUUCGCCUCGAUAUUUUUCUUUCAUUCUUUCUUUCUUUCUUUCUUACUUUCUUUCUAUCUACUAACUCUCUCAUUUUAUUCGCAUCUAUUUUUUCAUUCUUUCGUUCUUUCUUUCUUUCUUUUUCAAUUCUAUCUAUGUAUCUCUAUCUAUCACAGUUUGUUCAUAGUCUUCCACCUGUACAUUCCUCUGUUCAUCAAAAUUUUCACUUUCUUUCUUUUUCACUAUCUAUCUAUCUAUCUAUCUAUCUAUCUAUCUAUCACUUUCAUUCUUUUUCAAUCAUUUAUCUAUUUCUUUUUCACUAUCUAUCUAUCUAUCUAUCUAUCUAUCACUUUCAUUUUUUUUCAAUCAUUUAUCUAUUUCUUUUUCACUAUCUAUCUAUCUAUCUAUCUAUCUAUCUAUCUAUCUAUCUAUCUAUCACUUUCAUUUUUUUUCAAUCAUUUAUCUAUUUAUUUUUUACUAUCUAUCUAUCUAUCUAUCUAUCUAUCUAUCACUUUCAUUUUUUUUUCAAUCAUUUAUCUAUUUCUUUUUCACUAUCUAUCUAUCUAUCUAUCUAUCUAUCUAUCUAUCUAUCUAUCACUUUCAUUUUUUUUCAAUCAUUUAUCUAUUUCUUUUUCACUAUCUAUCUAUCUAUCUAUCUAUGUAUGCUUUUCAUCCUUUCUUGUUCACUUUCUCACUUUCCCAUUUAUUUUUUUCUUUUAUUUUAG